UUACUGCUAAUUGGGUCGUCUUGUUUGUUUCCAGGAUGGUGAAUACAGAGGACAGGCUGUCAGAACCAUUUCAAAUUUGCAGUUAAUUUAAGAGAAUUUACAGCACUGUCCAUCAUCAUCAUGGAGAAACAACAAAUUGUGCUGGGUAACCGGGAUAGUGGGGCAGUGUCUGGAGCAGCACCUGCUUUUUUUGUCAUCCUGAAACAGCAGCAGGGAAAUGGUAAAUCUGAUCAAGGAAUUCUAGUAGCAAACCGGGAUGCCUGUGCCCUCGCAAGUAGUGUGUCAACGCCACUAAAAUCUAAAAUAAAGACUUGCCUUCCAGCUGAUUGUACAUCAGGGAGCAUCACUGUCACCUUGGACAACAACAGUAUGUGGAAUGAGUUCUACCAUCGCAGCACAGAGAUGAUUCUGACCAAACAGGGGAGGCGUAUGUUUCCAUACUGUCGAUACUGGAUUACAGGCCUAGAUUCCAAUCUGAAAUACAUCCUAGUCAUGGACAUCUCUCCUGUAGAUAAUCACCGUUAUAAAUGGAAUGGUCGCUGGUGGGAGCCCAGUGGGAAGGCAGAACCCCAUGUUCUGGGACGGGUGUUUAUUCAUCCAGAAUCACCCUCCACUGGUCAGUACUGGAUGCACCAGCCGGUAUCUUUCUACAAACUCAAGCUUACCAAUAAUACUCUUGAUCAGGAGGGUCAUAUCAUAUUGCACUCUAUGCACCGCUACCUCCCACGGCUUCACCUGGUACCUGCAGACAAAGCUACAGAAGUUAUCCAGCUGAAUGGUCCUGAUGUCCACACCUUUACCUUCCCACAGACAGAGUUUUUUGCAGUGACAGCCUAUCAGAAUAUCCAGAUUACCCAGCUAAAAAUAGAUUACAACCCUUUUGCUAAAGGAUUCAGAGAUGAUGGACUAAACAGUAGACCUCAGCGCGAUAUGAAGCAAAAUAGUAGCUCAGAGCAUGAAGGAGGUAGCAUUUCCAGCUCUCCCAGCAAUCUUGGCCGCCCUAUUGAAACUGAUGGAUUAGAUUUACAGCAGCGAGAUCUUUUAGAUUCUUCAUUUAGUGGUCAGAAUGCAAUGGACAUUGAUUUGGAGAAAGAAUCCUUCAAUGCAGAACGUGAUUUCCUGGGCUUUCUGGAGGCAGACCUGCCUUUUAGUGAUAUGCCCAUCUUAAAACAAGAGGUAUCUGAAAG